CUGACAGUGACAUGGGCGCAGGGUGGCAUGCAACUUCAGCCCGAGGGAUCUGCAGAGGAUGUCGAUUCUGUCAAAGGACGUUGCGGCCGUGCCGGCAGUCUAGCAGCCACACCCGGUGAGAAACUUCUAGAACUACUCCGGCCUUCCAGUGGCACUCCGCGACGUCAUUCGACCGCAGCCUGCGCUCCGGCACAACCGCAACGACAGACAGGCUUCGUUUACUGCCCUUCUGAUGCCUUACCAUACUGCCCACCAUCAAGGCUGGCGCCCCCUCGUCCAAUUAUACCAAAGCUCCAGCCACCGCCGCAGAUCCAGCCGGUUAUUCCACCGCAACCACCGCCCGUCCCGCAACGCACCGCGCCGGUCACGCCCGCGCCACUGCCUGUCCCCCCUCCGGCUCCACCACGACGGUCUUCUCCACAACCACCUAAACGAAUCCCACCUCCGACACCACCCAGACCGGCAGCAACCUCUCCGUCGGCCGACCCCAACGGGAAUCGCAAGGCAACGGUUCCGAUGCUGCCACGUUUGGACUGUAACAAAAAUCCUCAGCCAACAAUCACCAAAAAACCGCCUCAAAAAAUACCAGAUACGCCCUUUACACCAGCACCCCCUCCUCAAAACAGCCAGUCGAUCAAAAGAUCGCCAAGCUCGGGGUCAAACAUCAGCGUUAGACAAGACUCGAAUGUGUCUUCGGACUCAUUUAGCCAAACAUCAUCACCGUCGUACACCACAAAGACUAUGGAAGCUCCCUUGCUACCCCACCAGCAUGUGAACAAGAGUUUGAACGCAAAGAUAGCGAGGGGACUAUUGCUGAAAGAGCAGCAAGAGAAAGAGGCUGGUAACUCUUCAAUUACCAAGAGCAUGUCAACACCAGCGUCACUACAGACCAUAGUUAGGUUUCAAAAUGGAAGCAACAUGUCCCUGCACCAUCGGAUGCUGCGGGACAUACGCGGAGCCAGCAACGAAGCCUCCCCACACAAGUUCAGACUGAUGCAAGUGGCACUCAACGCUGUAGCACUGUUAGCCAUAACCGGCGCUCUAUUCGCCUACUUCCGAGCCAAUCCCGCAGUACAGUAUGUCUCGCAAGCUGUGAACCGUUCGACUGUAGUAACGUGGCCAGCACCCACGGACGCUCCCGCCGACAAGAACCCAGCCCCCGGCGUGUGUCUGCCGGUCAUCGUGAGCUUCUGCCACCAGCACCGGAUAUCUUACAACUUCACCGUAUUCCCUAAUUACAUCGGACAUUUCGGGCAGAGGGACGCACAACAGGAUCUGGAGAUCUAUGAUGCGGUAGUCGACGUGCGUUGUUACGAGUUGACAGCUCUGUUUCUGUGUUCGCUCUUUGUACCUAAAUGCGGUCCGCUUGGACACAUGGUGCGGCCUUGUAGAAGCUUAUGUCAAGAAACGAUGCGACGCUGCGGAUUCUUCCUUGAAGUAUUCGGGCUUUCGAUGCCUGAUUACCUCCAGUGCGAGAUAUUCCCGGAGUCGACCGACACUGAUGUCUGCCUUGGGAACAGAGAGGUCAAGGAGGCUAGAUUCCGUGCUGCUAAGCCAGUGUGCGUGUCCGGCUUCCAAUGCGACGUGAAGCGCUGCAUCCCGCACGACUGGCGCUGCGACGGGCACGUGGACUGCGCCGACCGCUCCGACGAGCUCAACUGCCGCGUGUGCAAGCGCAGCGGCGACGUGCACUGCGGGAACCAGCGCUGCAUCUCGCAGGCGCACAUGUGCGACGGGAAGGUCGACUGCCCCUGGGGACAGGACGAGAGGAACUGCCUGAGGUUGAGCGACGCAACCGGAGACGUGGGGCGGGGGGAGCUGCAAGUGUACCGGGCCGCCAACCACUCGUGGUUCCCCGCCUGCAUCAGCGCGCUGGACGACACCACGGCACUCAAACUGUGCUCCAUGCUCGGAUACUCAUGGGUGAAUAGAAGUUCGUCGAUAGCCUUAGGAGGAGCCACGACCCCCAACCCCCGCGGGGUGGGGGCGCGGGCCGGCAGGGUGCACGUGGCGGGGGCGGCGCUCUCCUAUCACGCUUUCUUGAGGAGUGAAGGCGGCUUGCUUAGAGAGCUGAAGGAGUGCAGGCAUUACUCUAACAGAGUGAAUCUUGUCUGCAAUAAUUACGAAUGUGGCAAGCGUCGUACGGUCGGGGGUGGAACCAAGCGCAUAGUGGGAGGAGUAGAAGCCUCUCCUGGAGACUGGCCCUUUCUGGCCGCGAUUCUCGGAGGGCCGGAGGAGGUGUUCUACUGUGCUGGUGUACUCAUUGCUGAUCAGUGGAUACUUACUGCCUCUCAUUGCGUUGGCAAUCACUCAGACGUGAAUGGAUGGACCAUCCAGCUGGGUAUAACUAGACGACGCUCUCAUGCCUACUACGGUCAGAAGGUGAAGGUGCGUCGGGUGGUGCCACACCCGCAGUACAACGUCGGGGUCGCUCAUGAUAACGACAUCGCUUUAUUCCAGUUGGCGGUGAGGGUGCGCUACCACGAGCAGCUGUCGCCGGUGUGCCUGCCGCCCGCCGACCGGCCGCUGCCCGCCGGCACGCUCUGCACCGUUAUCGGGUGGGGGAAACGAGACGAUAAGGACAUGUCGGAAUACGAGCCGGCAGUUAAUGAAGUGGAAGUGCCCGUGCUGCAUCGCGACCUCUGCAACCAGUGGCUGGAGCAUCGGGACCUCAACGUCACCGAGGGGAUGAUCUGCGCCGGGUACCCGGAGGGGGGAAAAGAUGCUUGUCAGGGCGAUUCCGGCGGGCCGCUGCUCUGUAAGGAUCCCGACGACUCCUCGCGCUGGUACGUCGGCGGCAUCGUGUCUUGGGGCAUCAAAUGCGCGCAUCCCCGCCUCCCGGGAGUCUACGCGUACGUCUCCAAAUAUAUACCGUGGAUACAGAAACAUAUUAGUCUUUAUAACGACGACAACGCCAAGUCUGAAGACGUUUAG